AACUACACUCAGUACAUCCCUCUGUCCAUAUACGACCUGCAGACCUGGAUGGGCAGCCCUUCCAUUUUCGUCUAUGAUUGCUCCAACGCCGGCCUUAUUGUCAAGUCGUUCAAACAGUUUGCACUGCAGAGGGAGCAGGAGCUGGAGGUGGCUGCAAUUAACCCAAACCAUCCGCUUGCUCAAAUGCCGCUGCCUCCCUCCAUGAAGAACUGCAUUCAGCUGGCGGCGUGUGAAGCCAAUGAGCUGCUGCCCAUGAUCCCGGAUCUGCCGGCUGACCUUUUCACAUCAUGCCUUACUACGCCCAUCAAAAUUGCUCUGAGAUGGUUCUGUAUUUUUUUCGUCAGACUGGUGCCAGGAGUCACACUGGAUUUAAUAGAGAAGAUUCCUGGAAGGCUGAAUGACAGGAGAACUCCGCUGGGAGAGCUGAAUUGGAUCUUCACCGCUAUCACUGACACCAUCGCCUGGAACGUCUUGCCUAGAGAUCUUUUCCAGAAGCUCUUCAGGCAAGACCUGCUGGUGGCCAGCCUAUUUCGUAACUUUCUCUUGGCAGAAAGAAUUAUGAGAUCGUACAACUGUACCCCCGUCAGCAGCCCGCGCCUACCUCCGACGUACAUGCACGCCAUGUGGCAAGCAUGGGACCUUGCGGUUGACAUUUGCCUUUCCCAGUUACCUACCAUUAUAGAGGAAGGAACUGCCUUUAGG